AAGUGCGUGAAUAUAGAAAGAAACAUAAGAAAAUAGCACAAGACAAGAGCCAAAAAGACAGGUGUAUAUUAGAUAUUUAUAUACAAAUAUCGUCCUGAUCCUGCACCUGAUCCUCAACCCUAGCCCAUUGUUCCGCCCGCGACUGUGAAGUGAAGUUGAGCCAAUGUGAUAAGUGGUGUCGCCAGUCGCAGCAGCAGGAGGAGCCCCAGAAUCCAUUGAGUUGCACCCCCGCGAACAAAAAAUUCUGGACCAUGGGCACCAAGGAGUCCAAACACUCCAAUAGCGUCAGCUACGAGGAUUCGGUGAAGCGCGUAAGCGACGUGGAGCUUCGGCGCCUGAGAGAUGCCUUCAAAAAGUCAGCUGGCGUGGGCAGGAACUUCCUCAGUCGGAAUGCCUUUCAGCAGGAUGUGCUGUGCGAGGGAGUGCCGCCAAAGAUCGUGGACAUGUUAUAUGCCGCCUGUGGUGGCACCCAGCGUGGCAUCUCCUUCAAUGACCUGCUCUGCGGUCUGGUCUUGAUAACUCGAGGUACCCAAGCGGAGAAAACCAAAUUCCUGUGGAACCUCUACUGCAACGAUGCCGGCACCUUCAUCAUCAAGUCGGACUAUGUGCGCAACGUCAAUCUGGCUCCCUUUGAGAGCGUCUCCCUCUUCGCCCAAAGCGAACGCGUCAAUUUCGAUCAGUUCCAGGACUGGAUCAUAAAGCAUCGCAAUGCCACGGUUCUCUCCAAAUGGCUGCUGGCCGACAACUGUGUUAGCCUCACUUCGGAGCUGGAGACGCCAACGUUCUACCAGAGCCUCGCUGGAGUGACGCAUCUUGAGGAGAAGGAUAUCGGCGAUCUGGAAAAGGAGUUUUGGCGUUUGAAAAACACUUCCCAAAAUGGCCAAAUCGACUUGCAGUUCCUUGGACCCCUGAUCAGCCCACCCAUACCAAAGAAUGCUCUAGCAGGUCUAUUCAACGCCUUUGAUGAGAACCGCGACGGACACAUCGACUUCAAGGAGUUGUGUUGCGGAGUAAGUGCCGCCUGCCGGGGACCAGGUGUGGAAAGGACACGUUUUUGCUUCAAAAUCUUCGAUGUGGAUAGAGAUGGAGUUCUUAGUCACGAAGAAACACUGCAGAUGAUCAAUGUUCUGCUGUUAGUAGCCAAGGAAAAUCGAGAGGCCCAGCAAUACAAGGAUCUGACCAAACAGCUGGUGAUAAGUGAUCUUCUGGAGUUCGGCCAGAGGAGGAGUCCGGAUGGAACGCCUAGUAAACUAACCCGAGACAAUGUCUCGCUGACCGCUGAGGAUUUUAUGCUGUGGACUGUACAGUGUGAUCUGAGACUCAUGCAGCCCUUGCUUGACCUCAUCUUCGAGCUGUGUCACAUCGUCUUUGGCCUGUGGCCCCAGUGCAAGCACAUGGAGAACGAUAUUGUUCGCGGAUGGCUGCGACGGGAGGAACGCAGGCCGUACCGCGUGGGACAGUUCUGGUACUUGAUUACGCGUGACUGGUGGCUUAGUUGGAUGCAGUACACCCAGCACACGGCACACACCUGCGACUAUUGCAAGCGCACUGCCAACCAGCGGUCCGCUGUUGAUGAGGCGCUCGUCUGCGAUGAGAGCUUCAACACCCACAGCCUGGAACAGCACGAUUGCUACUCCCUGGGUUCCGGCACGGGAUCGGCAUCCGGUUCCGGGUCGGCGAGUAGUGGCAUCUCAGCUGGACGGCAUUGCGGACCUGUGCGACCAGGGCCUAUUGACAACAGCAAUCUGAUCACCGCCAAUCCGUUCCGGAAUGUUCGAACUCUCACCGGCGAGGGUGGUCACCUCAAGCGGGACACACCCUUGGUGCAGAACCACGAUUUUGAACUGGUGCCCAAGUCACUGUGGAAGGCAUUGAAUCGAUGGUAUGGCGACAAUCUUCCAUUGCCACGACAGGUCAUUCAACCACCCAACUCAGACGUCGAACUAGAACUUUACCCGCUGAACCUGCGAAUCCUGCUCCACCAGGUGCAGCCAUCCCAGACAGGCGGAGGCACUCAACUCGGUAGCUGGGGUUCUACAGUGAGCGGUGGCUAUGGAGUCCUGGCAUCCGGAGGCGGAUAUGCCGCCAUCGCCGCAAGCAGUGUACUCCAACCGCCGAAGCGAUACUUGGCCUACACGGCUGCCUUUAGUCGACUCGCCACGGUGCGCCAGGUGGGCGAGUUUUUAUGCGAGCAAUUGCGUCUCAAGUCGGAGGACAUACGGCUGUGGCACGUUCCACAGCUGGACAACGGUGCCAUAUUGCUAGAAGAGGAUGCCAUGUGCCUGAAAGAGCUGCUCAUUCGGGACAACGACCAGCUGUUGCUGGAAAUCCGCAACAAAGAUUUGACCUGGCCGGAGGAACUGGGCUCCUUGGCCACCGCUCAAAGUGGCCAGGGUGCGGGAACACCGGGGGACCGGCGUCGCCUAACCCGUAGUUCAAUUAUGUCGGUACAUGCACCCGGAGCCACUGGCCUGCACAACCUGGGUAACACGUGCUUUAUGAACGCCGCCCUCCAGGUGCUGUUUAAUACCCAACCACUGGCACAAUACUUCCAGCGUGAGAUGCACCGUUUCGAGGUGAACGCGGCCAACAAACUGGGCACAAAGGGCCAGUUAGCUAUGCGUUAUGCGGAGCUGCUCAAGGAGGUUUGGACGGCAACGACUAGAUCUGUGGCGCCGCUCAAGCUACGCUUUUGCGUCAACAAGUAUGCGCCGCAGUUCGCCGGUGGAGGUCAGCACGAUUCUCAGGAGCUGCUCGAGUGGCUGUUGGACGCUCUGCAUGAGGACCUUAACCGCGUGAUGGAGAAGCCGUACAGUGAGCUGAAGGACUCAAAUGGGCGCCCAGACAAAAUAGUCGCCGCCGAAGCCUGGUCGCAGCACCACGCCCGCAACCAGUCAAUUAUCAUUGAUCUGUUCUACGGCCAGCUGAAAUCCAAGGUCAGCUGUUUGGGUUGUGGACACGAAUCGGUACGAUUUGAUCCGUUUAGUCUACUCAGUUUGCCGCUGCCGGUAGAGAAUUUUAUCUACUUUGAGGUCUUGGUAAUUCUGUUGGAUGGAAGCGUGCCAAUCAAAUAUGGUUUUCGCCUGAACUCGGAUUGCAAGUACUCGCACCUGAAACACAAGUUGUCCACCAUGUGCUCCCUGCCGCCAAAUCUAAUGCUCGUCUGCGAGCUAUGGAACUCACAAAUACGCCAAGUGCUGGCCGACGACGAGAAACUGCGGACGCAGAGUGCCAAGGAGCUGUACGUCUAUCAGCUGCCAGAACAAAGUGUGCGAACCCGAUCCAACUCAGGACUUAGCAUGCACAUCGAGCAGGGUCUUAAAGACAUACAGCGCAGUUCCGCUCUCAUCACGAGCGCCCAGGACUCGCUGUCCUCGCUGAGCACUUUGCAAACAUCCAGUCACCGCGCCUCGUCACGAGUCCUAUGCAAUGGCCACGCUUCUAGCCUGGAGGUCGAAGGCGAGGCGGAGGUGGGAACGGAUGUGUCGCAGUGCAACAGCAACAGCAACAGCAAUUACAAUCCCAACGUGAGCACUUACAGCGGAAUCGGAAGCGGGGACAACCAGGUGCACGAACUGCUGCCAGAUGAGGCCGGAAAGGUAAGCCGGUGCUUUGGAAAGAGAGAGUGCAUGCCCCACAGCCUAUUUUGCUUCAAGGAGUCGCUUAUCCUGAGCUCCAGUCCGGAGAAUACAUUUAUGCACGGCGCUGCCGCCCAGCAGAAGUGCGUAUCAUCCGCCAAACUGCUGCACACGGAGAGCAACACUAGCUCCAUGUCCUACACGAAUCAUUCCGGCGAAAAUUCUAUGGAGAGCUCGCUGACGGAACCCAUCCCAUUGGCGGAGCUGGAGCCGGCCAGCAGCCGUAAUGGAAGUGGCAGCGAUGACUGCUCCUACCGGACGUCGCUGAACGAUUCCAGUGGCCUUAGUACUGGCCAUACCCUGGGCGCCAGUUUGGACGUAGACGAGCAGGCGGAGGAGGGUAACGCGGAGGAGCACGAUCAGCCGGAUCAAAUCACAACCUCGCAGCCGGAGACCAGUAGCGGGGUCUACUCUCGUCGCUCCUCGCAGCCGCCGCACAAGGCGGGCAAGUAUUUGGUAGCCGUACAUCGAAAGAUAACGCGGCACGACAGCUACUUCCUUUCCUACCACAAGACGAGGCCAAGUCUCUUUGGCGUUCCCCUGCUCAUUCCAAACAGCGAGGGUGGCACCCACAAGGAUCUAUACUGCGCCGUGUGGCUGCAGGUGAGCAGGCUGCUAAGCCCCUUGCCUGCCACCACGGAACAGGCGAAUCAUGCCGCCGAUUGUGAUGACAGCCUGGGCUAUGAUUUCCCCUUUACGUUGCGUGCUGUUAAGGCAGAUGGACUAACCUGCGCGAUUUGCCCUUGGUCAAGCUUCUGUCGCGGAUGCGAGAUUCGCUGCAACAAUGAUUAUGUACUCCAGGGAGCCUUGCCGCCCAUCAAUGCCGCCGCGAGUAACACAUCGACGCCAAAAAUGAAUGCUAAAUUCCCAUCACUACCAAAUCUGGAGGCUAAACGGACGCCGGAAUAUACCGCCUCCCUGUCGUACACACCGACAACCAAAUACUUUGAAGACUUUACCAUUGCCAUCGACUGGGAUCCGACCGCCCUGCACUUGCGCUACCAAAGUACCUUGGAGCGUCUGUGGGUGGAUCACGAGACCAUUGCCAUAAGUCGGCGGGAGCAAGUGGAGCCCGUGGACCUGAAUCAUUGCCUGCGCGCCUUCACCUCCGAGGAGAAACUGGAGCAGUGGUAUCACUGCAGUCAUUGCAAGGGCAAGAAACCCGCUACCAAAAAACUCCAGAUCUGGAAACUGCCUCCGAUAUUGAUUGUUCACUUGAAGCGGUUUAACUGCGUGAACGGCAAGUGGGUCAAGUCACAGAAAGUGGUCCACUUUCCUUUCGAUGACUUCGAUCCCACUCCGUAUCUGGCCUCAGUGCCUCAGGAGACGAUACUGCGGCACAAGGAGCUGCUGGAGCUGAAGAAGGAUGCUGAAAUUACGAUGGCAACCAACGAAGUUGUUAGCGAAUUGGACGAGAUUGAUGCACCCAGCAAGGAGGAUAAGGAAGACAUCCGCAAUCAAACGGUGUCAAAUAAGGCUACCGCGUCACCACCGCCCACAGGAAAUAUUCUGCGCCAGAGCAAGAACAAAAAUGCUGCCCGGCGACAACGCCUCAUCUCGACGAGUCUCACCAAAACGCCUAUCGUGGAUGGCGAAUUCGAAGACUACCACCAACACCGACUUAAACCAGAUAUGGAUGAGUUCGAUCCCAGAUACCGACUCUAUGCUGUUGUGUCUCACUCGGGUAUGCUGAACGGAGGUCAUUACAUUUCCUAUGCAUCGAAUGCAACUGGUUCCUGGUACUGCUACAACGACAGCUCCUGCCGCGAAAUAUCCCAGAAGCCGGUCAUUGAUCCAAGUGCUGCAUAUCUGCUGUUCUACGAACGCAAGGGCCUGGACUACGAACCAUAUCUGCCGAACAUCGAGGGACGGACGCUGCCCAAUACCGCUGGUGUGCCACUCGAGGUGGACGAGACCGAGGGAGAGCUGAAGAAGCUGUGCUCAAUUUCCUAACUGAUGUCAUGGACAUCUCGGCUAUGAAGAUCUAUUUUUCAAUCCUAUCCGUUCUGUUCUAGAGGGUUUGUGUUUUGUUUCGAACCGCGUGUGUUUUGUUAUUUACUAUUCUAAGCUUAUUUUGAUUUUCAGCAUUAGUUUAUCAUUACCCUAAUUAGUUUUAAGACGAAGUCUUUUUCUUUGCCGAGAAUUGUGUAAUGCAUGUAAUAUACAAUAUUCAUAUUUAGCUUGUAGAUAAUACGUUAUAUUGGUUGGCCAAUAUGGAGUUUAGUUUGUUACGCCGAACAAAUCCAUUCUCAAUAGUUUCUUGUUGCUUUGUUUUUGUUGUAUAUAAUUUAAACAUUUUAAUUGUAUUAGGCCAGCAGUGCCAGUUUAUUAUUAUUUAUGCCCGACCCUGUCGGGAAAUUCCAUUUAAUUUGUAAUUAUUAAUGUAAAUAACAAGCGGAAGUGAACCCCGAACGGCUAAACGUUGUGGACAGUUUGAUAUUAUCCAUUGAUCAGCAAUAUCAAGAUGUUACGAAUUUCAUCCCAAAAACUCGCAGACUAUUGUUGGGUCUACUCAUACGUAUUUACAUGUAUUGAUUGGCUUUGUGUGACGCGCCGAGCAGAUUCGGUUCGAAAUUAGUAUUGCGCUUAUCAAUUAUGACUUCAAUAUGUCUAAUGAUUAUGUAUUUGAUAUUUACAAAUUAUAUAUAUACACCCACA